AGCAAAUUGAACUUAACGGAAUCUGAGGAAGAAGCAACUGGAAAAAUCUACCAAUUCCAUAAAAAAAUCUACCAAUUACACAUGGAAACCGAAAUCCAUCAAUUAACUGCCAGUAAUUAUGACGAUUCUUCAAUGAAUCAAGUGACUAGCAGUAAUUCUUACAACUCGCCUGGUGGCGCCUGUUCAAAUCCAUCGAAUGACUUUGAUUAUGCCAAUAUGGCUUCUUCAUCGCCUUCGCCUUCAAAUUCCACUUUUAAAGCCGAACCGGGCUUUAACAUGGAACUUGUGCACAUGAAUGGCCGCAAAGUUCUGGGACCUCCCGAGGAUUGGGUUGGACCACCGCCAAAUAGUGUUUGUGAAUUAUAUGUGCGUCGCAUACCACGUGAUAUAAAUGAGCACCAAUUGCUUGGACCAUUUUUGAGAUUUGGAAAGAUCUAUGAAAUCCGUCUUCCAAUGGAUUUCAAUCAAACAUAUCGUGGCUAUGCGUAUAUUAAGUACACAACGGAAGAAGACGCAGCGUGUGCCAUGGAAGUUCUUAGCCACUAUUAUAUAGCGCCUGGCCGUAAAUUGGAAAUUUUGCAUUCUUAUGAGAAGUGCCGCUUGUUUGUCACCAAUAUACCCAAACAUUUAAGUGAGCAUGAAAUUGAGGAUAAGCUACGCAAGAUUUUUCCUACAAUGGAACGUAUUUUUGCACGUCCUGGUUCUUCAUUUUCACAUGAUGGUAAUGGUGGACAGUCGUCGGACAACGGUGUUUCAUCAACUCAGACAACAAUAACAGGUAAUCGUGGUCAUGUCUUUGUACACUUUCCCACACAUAUGCAUGCUCUGGAGGCCAAGAAGAGCAUAACACCAGGUCUGGUACGAAUGUGGGACAGAGAUUUGAAAGUUGUUUGGGCCAAUAGUGAACGUGAUAGUAAUAUUUCCAUAGCGUCCAAUACUCUAUUUGCACGCAAUGUUGAUUUGACAGUAAAUAAACGCGAUAUAGUUGAGUUGUUGGUCAAAUACGUUCCAAGAACAUCAUUUAAUAAAAUAUCCAAGGUACGACAAACUGCAUUUCUGGAUUUCACCACUCGUGAGGCUGCUGAAAUUUGCCUUAAAAAAUUGCAAGGAGCCACCUUGAGAGGAAAACGCUUGGAUGUAGAGUGGGCCAAGCCAUCCGAACAACAAUCUUUGCAUCGCAUACGUGAAACCGAUUUUGAUGCUGUUCUUCGACUUAAAUGUAUUGCCAAUGCUUGGCACAUACCGAUUAUACUUUUUGGCUGUUACUAUCAACAGCAAAAUCUACAAUAUGGAGUCGUUAUUUUGCGCGAUGCUAUGAGCUGUGUACGUUCGAUAUUUUGUAUUAUGCACACAAAUGAAUUGGCCGAUAUACAUUCGCGCAUGUGCGAAGUCGUAUGUAUACUGAUCGAAAUUAUUGGUGGCUUUCCUGAUUACGACUAUGUUUUUAUAGUGGAUAAGGACUCUGCUCAUUUAUUGGGUAUGGUCACUAUUAAGCUAAAUUCUGUUGAUUUUCUGGCUUCGUGUGGAGUUCCCUCUGAGUUGUAUUUCGAUUUAAACGAACUUAUUGAUUUGUGUGCCGCUGUUGUCUCCUUGGCCCAUUCGAACGAGGAGUCGAUUUUGGCGGCAUAUAAGGAAAGUUUUUUUACUCGCUACGAUCAUACCUACCUGAGGAAUUGGCCCCUAAUCGAACAUCGAAUUUUCGGAACUAUUAUGCCAAAAUAUCGCAAUAAGGAUGCACUAAAACAUAAUCUGAACGAUACGCAAAUUGUUUUGGCACUAUGCUUUAAGGUCUCUGGCACAAAUGCCGCAGUUCGACCCUACAUGCCAUUACGGGCAUGCAAUUUUGAUCAGGGUUUUGAGGGUUUGCGUUAUGUGGACCUAAAGCUUUUGCCGAUGGCUUUAACACAAUCACGUUUUGUUGUUUCCCACAUCUUAAAUCAUGUGCUUUUUGGAGGUUCGCAUUACUAUCAUCCGGCUCAGCGUAUUAUGGUGCCACCAUUAUGGAUUUCGGGAUGUUCCUAUGCUGAAUCGGUUAAGCAGCCUAACUUUAAAACGACAAGCAAUCGGGCCAAUGAACUGGAGGUUCAUAACAGCGGCAAUCAAAGUGAAAUGGAUUUAACGUAUCCCCCACAAACUUUUUCACAUACACUCUCACACCAGACAAUUAUGAGUCCUAUGGUUGCAGCCCCCACACCACCUCCGCCGGCACCAACUAUGCCAAUUACUGGUGGACUACAAGAUUAUGUACCACAACAUUUCAAUAUGAAUCCCAUUCAGGCUAUCUAUGGUUAUUCGCUACCACCAUAGGCGCUGUCUCGAAACUACCUAUCUAUCUAGAGCCUUUACAUUUUGGAAUGGAUUUUGUCAUAUUUUUGUUCAUACUUUUUGUUUUGUCCUGAUAUGCCUUAUUUUGAAUAUGCAUGAUAUUAAUUUUAAGUUUUUAAAUUUGCUCUUGCAUUGACAUUUUAUCAUUGAAUUUUUAUGUCUUUUAUAUUUUUGUUUGCCCAUAAAGAUGGGUUGUUUCGAAACGAACGCUUAUGGCCUUUAAAUGUCUUGGAUAUAUCUUAGUCUUAUUGUCAUUUUAAUAUACACAUACGGGAACACCUUAAAAUAUUAAAUAAAGCCAUAAUUUUAACCUCCAA